AUGCGUUUCCAAGCUACACUUCUCCGUGCUUUCAGAAGAACAACACGGCCAGCAUAUGGCUUGAGUCGUUUCCGUUGUUUAUCAACCUCGACGGCUCCUAAGCGUCAUUUUCAUAGCCAAUAUGGUUUCAUUCUAGGCGCCACCGGUGUUACCUUGUCGACUGUCUAUUUCCUUUCUAAAUCCUUGCAAUCAGAUGAUGCUACCGAUAGUGUCAGUGUAAUCAACAGUGUCGACGCCUUACCAAUGACUGUCAAGGAACCUUUGCAAACUAAUUACGAUUUGAUUGGUUAUGGUAUCAGAGAAGUUUCCUUUUUGAAGUUUAAAGUUUAUGCACUAGGCCUAUACAUCGCCCAUGACGAUGUACCUCUAGUCUCCUCGAUUCUCAAUUCCAAAUUUCUUGAAAGUUUUUACGAGGAUGACGUAAAUAGUGAGAACCAAAACAAGAAACAUUCUGAAAACUUAUCAGUUGCACUAUCCGAUCCCAACGUCUCAAACAUACUCAUCAAGAAUUUGAUCUCCAGUGGCGUCAGGUUCACUGCCAGGAUCUGCGCAAUCAGAAACACAGACUUAUCGCAUCUACGUGACGGUUUCAUCAGAACAAUAAAAAAUAAUCCUAAUUAUAAGAAAAUAAUGAAAGAGAAGGACCAAAAUGAGGCAAACCGUGUGAUCCACGGUCUCGAUGAGUUGCGUGAUGUCUUCAACAGAGCCAAGGUUUCUGCACGGAAGAACUCAUUGGUGUACAUGGAAAUCGAUGAAAACCAAUAUAUUAGGGUUUCUGUUCAAACGGCAGAUAAAAAUGGGAAACAUAAUGAACCAAGAUUCAUUGGCACUGUUCAUGAACCAUUGGUCACCGAGCUUCUCUUUGAAAGUUAUUUGGGUGCAGAGAAACCCCUUGUGAAAAGUGUCCAAGAGACAUGCAAAAAUUCUCUUGUCACUGCAUGCUCUUAG